UUUAGCGAUUCUAACACGAUACGAUAUUACAGAAAACAAGUUAGUUUUCUCACAUCUCGAAAAAUAUAUUUGUAAUGAUGUACUUCUUUGUUCACGAAAUUCAUGCUUAUGUUGGGUUAUCGCGCCAGCACGCAAUUGACUCCCAUGGUCUCCUCGAAGGAAAAACUCAAGCUUGCCCCCCAGAGUGCACCGCGUAGUCCAUUGAGGAUGCAGGGGAAAUGCCCGCACAGUGUGGCGUUGAUAGGAUUCCCAUCUCCUCUAACGGAUCUCUGCCAGUGGACGCGUAUUCGGGAAUUCAUCGGUAGCUGCGUUGUAAUUCACGUCCCUAUAUUAUGAUCGUUUAGCUAGCUAGUAAUCGGUAUUUACCGUUCGCUUUUAAAAGCUCCUUCGGUGAAGAAAAAAAUAUAUAUAUUUUGUCAUUAUGGAUGUUUGGAGAACGUUUCGCCCGUCCCACAACCUGUUUUGGUCCGCUUUCGUGGCGUAAAACUUGUUCGUGUUAUUGUAGCCAGCUCCGAAAGGUUCGGUGGCUUUCCCAGACAAAUCUCAGCCUUUCCUUUUGACUCUUGGACGGCAGGAGUGGAGCAGUUUAUUCCUGGGACUCGGCCUAGUCUAGUAACGUAUCUCACCAAUCUCCAAGUCCUCCAAAAUGUCGAUUUUAGGAUUAAAAAAGAAACAACCAAAGACUUUUAAGGUCAAAGUCAUCACUAUGGAUGCUGAAAUGGAGUUCAGUUGUGAGGUGAAAUGGAAAGGGAAGGAUCUGUUUGAUCUGGUGUGUCGGACAGUGGGUCUGAGGGAAACCUGGUUCUUUGGGCUCCGGUACACAGUGAAGGACACCUGUGCAUGGCUGAAGACAGAGAAACGGGUCUUGGAUCAAGAGGUCCCUAAAGACUCACCGAUAACAUUUCACUUCCUGGCCAAGUUCUUCCCAGAGAAGGUAGAAGAGGAGCUGGUGCAGGAAAUCACACAACACCUCUUCUUUCUGCAGGUGAAAAAGCAAAUAUUAGACGAGGAAAUUUUCUGUUCUCCCGAAGCCUCUGUCCUGUUGGCGUCGUACGCUGUUCAAGCCAAGUAUGGGGACUAUGAACCAAACUUUCACAAGCCGGGGUUCUUAGCCCAGGAUGAGCUCCUACCUAAAAGAGUAUUGAUGCAGUACCAGAUGACUGCAGACAUGUGGGGGAAGAUCACAGCCUGGGCAGAGCACAGAGGCAUCGCCAGGGAUGAGGCUGAGAUGGACUACCUGAAGAUAGCUCAGGACCUGGACAUGUAUGGAGUCAGCUACUUUGCCAUCACUCAAAAUAAACGAGACACAGACCUGCUACUGGGUGUCGAUGCCCAGGGCCUUCAUAUUUACAGCCCCAACAGCAAACUGAACCCCAACAAGUCUUUCCCCUGGAGCGGCAUCCGUAACAUCUCCUACAGCGAGAAGGAGUUCACAAUAAAACCUCUGGACAAGAAGAAGGAUGUUUUCAAAUUCUACUCCUCCCAACUGAGAGUCAACAAACUGAUCCUGCAGCUGUGCAUUGGGAACCAUGACCUGUUCAUGAGGAGGAGGAAGGUGGACUCCAUCGAGGUUCAGCAGAUGAAGUCUCAGGCCAAGGAGGAGAAGGCUCGCAAGAAGGUGGAGCGUCAGAUCCUUGCACGGGAGAAGCAAAUGAGGGAGGAGGCAGAGCGAGCGAAGGAGGAGAUGGAGAGACGGCUGUUCCAGCUGCAGGACGAGGCACGGCUGGCCAAUGAGGCGCUGUUGCGUUCAGAGGAGACCGCAGAUCUGCUGGCGGAGAAGGCCCAGAUCGCCGAGGAGGAAGCCAAGCUGUUGGCCCACAAGGCUGCCGAGGCGGAGCAGGAGAGACAGAGGAUAGAGGCUACCGCCCUCAAGACCAAGGAGGAGAAGAGACUGAUGGAGCAGAAGAUGAGAGAGGCAGAGCAGCUGGCCGUCAAACUGGUGGAGCAGUCAGAGAGGAGGUCGAAGGAGGCGGACCAUCUGAAGCAGGACCUUACAGAGGCCAAGGAUGCUGAGAGGAGAGCCAAGCAGAAACUCCUGGAGAUCACCAAGACAUCUUAUCCGCUCAUAGCGGCCUACUCCACCCCCCCUCCUCCCCCAGAGGGAGGAGACCUAGCUCUGGGAUCCGGAUCAAUGCGCAUCGACUUUAAAGAUUCUGAUAUGAAGAGACUGUCAAUGGAGAUAGAGAGGGAGAGACUAGAGUACGUGGAGAAGAGUAAACACCUGCAGGACCAGCUGAAGGAGCUGAAGUCUGAGAUUGAGUCUCUGAAGUUGGAGGAGCAGCAGCAGCAGGCUGGGGUCUACAGUCUCCGCAACGAGGCCCGCGGCUACCCCCCUGAACCACCCUACAUGCCCCAUAGUAAUAGAAACUCUGCCUACAUGGCUCAGAUGGCUUUUUUUGAGGAAGUGUGAUCCAACUGCCAUUGGAUGAAACAGGGGGUAGGCUAAAUGCCAUUGGAAGACACGCAGGGAGGCGGGACAUUGGUUGUGACUCUUGUUCCUUAAUACCAAGAUAUGUCUACUUCAUCUAUCUAUGUUUUGUGCCUGACAAAAGGAGCCCACUGACACACACACACACACUCCCAGUGACACUCCAGAAAGGACUGUGCUUUGAAAAGAUUUGUAUUCCUCAGAUGACACACACCACAACUCUACAAGUUCUCCGUUCUGUUUUAUUUGAUGCAGCCCUAGUCACACUGCCUGUGGGUGUAUAUUAUCACAGACGGUGCUGUGUGCAUGUUCUGUGGAUGUAUUUUACUUCAAUGUUUGGUUUUUAAAGGGAUGCCUGGUAGUGUGUGAUAGAGAUUUGACUGAGGUAGUUUAUCCUAUAUGACUGACUCUACACUACAGUGUGCCUUUAGGAGAAUAUACUCUCGCAGCGACCAGGAUCAUGUCUGUCAAGCUACCAGGCUUCAGGUGUGAUACCUUGCCUUCGCUGAAUAAUGUCUUACUUUACUGAGUCGUUUUGUUGUAGCAUGGUCGAACUGAUCGUCUCCAGAGCAACAUGUGUCCUGCAUCACAUUAUGCCUCCUAACCAUUGUCAAUUCAAACUGUCAUUUCAACGGUUUUUAUGUUUUUAGUAUUUUAGACUGUUGACGUGCCUUUAACUUUGCUUUUUAAAGCGUUUUCUUCACGUUACGAAUAUUAAAUAUGCAAUCCCUUGUUCACUAGUUCCUGUUAUGGAGCAUCCCAAAAGGCACCCUACUCCCUAUUUAGUGCACUGCCUUUGACCAGUGCCCUAUUUAGUUCAUUUAUGGUGACAUUUGGGACAAUGACCUGCCUGGAUUGUCAAACACCUCUGGGGUGGGUUUAGCUCCAACACCUCUGGGGUGGGUUUAGCAGGCAGACAAGCCCACUUCUCUUCUGAUUUCUACGACAUCUUGUUAGUGCUUAGCUCAGAGGAAGGUUCUAUCUAGAAAAGUAGGGAAGACAUUAUGUAUAUGGAGGAGGAGAAGAGGGAGAGAGAAGGUGGUUUGUGCUUGUGAAGGAAGUAGAUUUUAGAUGUAAUAACUCAUGGUUAAGGGUUGAGGUCAAUUCCAUUUCACAGAAAUGAUCUGAAAAUAACAGACUAUAAUAAGAUUAUAAUGCCUAAAUGGUCUGGACCCAACCUUUGCUGUGUUUUUUGAAUGGGAACCAUGUCUUAAAUGGUCAGAUAUCCUAACUAACAGAACACUGCUUGGCAGAUUAUGCAAAAUUUUCAAGGUUGGGGUUUGGUUUGGCAUUUUGUGGGUGCAGACGCCUGCACGUACAGAGACACACAGCCAUGUAUUCAAACCAUGUGUCAAUAUCACAUUUAAACCCUACAUUUAUUAUUCAUUUUUAUUGUAACAUAAAUAAAUUAUUGUUAGAUCUGUUUUACAGAAGUUUCCUCUAACCGAUGUCAGGUUUGAAUCUAAAUGGAGUUGUUUUGGAUGUCAGGAUAUCACACACGCGCUCUCAGCAUAACUGUUGUGUACAUGUGUUUUUCAUUUCUGAUGGUUAUACCUAUGUAUGUGUGUAGAAUAGUGUUGUUGGGUUUUAUAGUGUUAACUCCGUUUGUUGUUUAUCUUACUGUUGUUGACCUUUUCCAUCCUCUCCCCCGUAUCCUCCUUUCCCUCUCUCGCACUCCUCCUCUUUCAUGUGUUCAUCGGCUUUAAAGGGCUUAAGUGUCACGUCAGUUUGUUUUUAACUGUUUGUUUUAAUAGAUGACCUCAGAACUGUUUCAUAUCUAUAGGUUUACUGUAAUCACCCAUAUCUGUCCCAAGUGGCACCCUAUUCCCUAUAUAAUGCACUACGUUUGACCCGGGCCAGCAUCAGGCUCGGGUCAAAAGUAGUGCUCUAUACAAGGGGGAGUAGAGCGCCAUUUGGGACACAGACACUAUAUGGCUGUCUCGCAACACUCUGUCGUUGCCUCCUUUCCUUUUUAGAGCGCGUCAAGUAACCUUGCGGUUAGUUAGGCCAGUAACCGGCCGAAGAGGUCGCUGAUUCGAGUACCUGAGCCGACAAGGUGAAACAUUUGUCGAUGUGCCCUUGAGCUCCAGGGGUGCCGUACUACUAUGGCUGACCUUGUAAAACACUACACUGGACUGUGUUUUUCUUCUUCACAACCUUGAUUCCGUUCCUUCAUUGCCGCUCGUCAAUUUAUAGAGGUGUAGAGGUUUCCUCCGUGUAGAGGUUUCCUCCGUGUAGAGGUUUCCUCCGUGUAGAGGUUUCCUCCGUGUAGAGGUUUCCUCCGUGUAGAGGUUUCCUCCGUGUAGAGGUUUCCUCCGUGUUGCGGUCACCUAUCAUGCCCUGCCAGAUCAGUGGCCAUAGAGGAAAGGACACAAGGGAAGGAAGCUAGUUAACACUAUUAAGACAUAGCCAGGUAGGGACAUGCCAAACAAAAGCGAGUCACAAUGUCUGAUUUCCGAGAUGAAGUGUUUUGAGUGCUGUUUUUUUUUGUCAUAAGAGAAUCAAUGCUGUCAAAGGGCUUGGCUGUUGCUUAUUAAAACAAAUAUACAUUAGCA